AUGCCGGUGGAUUUUCGGAGACAGCUGGGAGUGGGCGGCUCCCGCUGGAGGACGGGGCAUUCCGGAUCUCUCCUUCCAAAAGAAUUGGUGGAGCUUCACCUGAAACUGAUGAGAAAGAUUGGGAAGUCUGUCACGGCAGACAGAUGGGAGAAGUAUUUGAUCAAGAUAUGCCAAGAAUUCAACAGCACUUGGGCUUGGGAGAUGGAGAAAAAAGGAUACUUAGAAAUGAGUGUUGAAUGCAAACUGGGAAUUCUGAAGUAUCUCUGUGAAUGUCAGUUUGAUGACAAUCUAAAGUUUAAGAACAUUAUCAAUGAGGAGGAUGCGGACGCGAUGCGUCUGCAGCCCAUCGGGCGGGACAAGGAUGGCCUGAUGUACUGGUACCAGCUGGAUCAAGAACAUAAUGUCAGGAUGUACAUAGAAGAACAGGAUGACCAGGACGGAUCCACCUGGAAGUGCAUUGUUAGAAACCGAAAUGAGCUCGCCGAGACCCUCGAGCUCUUGAAAGCACAAAUAGAUCCUGCCCUGCUGAAGAACAACAGUCAGCAGGAGAAUUCGUCCCGUGAAAGCCCAAGCGUAGAAGAUGAAGAAACCAAAAAGGGGGAAGAAGCAUCUCCACAAGGUUUUCUAGCUUCUUUUUCUUUUCCAAUUUUAAAUGUUGCUCCGUGGCACUGUUAGAAUUUUAACUUCCUGAAAAUUGACUGGUUUAGAUUAGGGCUUCUU